AUAAAAUUGCGUUAAUAAUUUUUAUCAAAAAUUCAUAUUAAUAUAAGCAUGAGAAAAUAAGUGAAUAUUUCCAAAGGUUCACAUUCGAAGACAGAAGGAAUAAAAUCAUGUCAAUUUCUGAAGAAUAUUUAACGCUGUUCGAAACGUCUAAGAAUAAGCUACUACGACGAGAUAUCCCUUUCAGAUAUUAUAUCUGGAUUUUAAUAGAUGCCGCGUUUAUGAUACUGACGACUACGGCUGUACUCGUCUUGUUUACCAAAUUGCAAAUAAUUUCUAGUUUCUUUAAGCAUCAUUUCUAUUUGACGUUUGUUAUUGGAUUUGUCGGUGUCAUUCUACCAAUUCCAAUCAUAACUAUGACAAACUUCUUGUCAAACGUCUUCUGUGUUCAUUUGCUGCUUGGAAGUACAGUUUUGCUGUGGUCUGUGAGCUUGGCUGCUGGCUUUGGAUCUGUUGACAUGUUCCAUGGAUUGAUAUCACUGAUUUUGACAAUUGUGAUUACAAUCACGACUGUGGGGUUGGCAUUGAAAUUACCAUCAAUGGAUGAUAAUCAGUUGGUUGUCUUUACUACAAUAUCAUAUACCAUUUUGAUUUUAUCAACUAUCUUGAUAAUAUUUAAUGUCAUCAAGCAACCAAAUACACCAAUCUUCAGCAUUGUGUCGGCAAUCAUCUUUGGAUUAUUCAUAAUCUGUCUAAUAUUUGGCUUUAUGAACAACUUGGACCUGGUAGUAUGGUGGUUUUCACCGUAUCCAUCGCAAUUUGUUGAGGCUUUUAUCCUCUGGUUACUAGUGUGCUGCCUUUUCGUCAUUGUAUAUACUACUUUAAUGUUGCCUAAAAUAUGGAACAAAUAACAGGAAUUAUUUGUUUGUUUGAUAUGCCUGAGAGUGGUGUUAAACCUGGUGCUUCUGAAUCAUGAUUUGAUAUUUAUAAUUUUAUUGGUGAAAUAAUGUUAAUCAUGUUCCUUUUCUGUGACGUCAUAUGUCUUUUUGCUUGCAUAAUAACCGCUAUUCUGUUAAAGUAAAUAAAACAUCUUAAACAUUAACAAUACACAAGUAAAGAUGUAAUCAUUAAAGAGAAUAAAUUUGCAUGUACGAUUGUUUCGCACUUAUCACUGCUGAAAUGAAUGUUCAGUGAAAGAGCUUAUACACUCCAAUUGAAUUCAGACUUCUUAUGAGUUCAACAAAUUUUGGGAAAUCCUUUUUUCUCGACUGAGCUAUGGAUGAAUUU